UCCAGGAACCCAACCCAGAAAGGAUAAAGCAAAAAUUCAACUGAUAAAUUGACCCUUUUUUUUUUAAGAGAAAAAUCUCGAAACAACCAUAACAAUGGCUUCUUUGGCUUUUCCUUCUCUCAAUUCUUUAACCAUUUCGCGCCUUCAUAGCCAGAAAGCUCCUUCUUUGAACUCUUCAAUUCCAACUCCAAGUAUAUUAACCUUCAAACAUCCAACUAUCACUCUGCAUCGUUUUCAAUGUGGGGUUAUUCGAAUGCAAGCUGGUGAAGAAGAUUUUGAGUUGAAACAAAUGAGAGAUAUGGCUGCUGCGAAGAAGAGAUGGGAUGCUAUGAUUAGGGAAGGAAAAGUAAAGAUGCUUACACCUAGAGAGGCAGGUUAUGCAAUUCAACUUUCAAACAAGCCUCUACUCGAUGUUCGCCCGUCUAGUGAGCGCGAGAAGGCAUGGGUUAAGGGCUCCACCUGGGUACCGAUCUUUGAAGUUGAUAAUAAAUUUGACGUUGGAACCCUUUCCAGAAAAGCCACCAAUUUUGUGAUGGGGGGUUGGUGGAGUGGGGUGCCUACAUUGUCUUAUGACAGUCAGUUCUUGUCAAAAGUUGAGGAGAAAUUCCCAAAAGAUGCAGAGCUUAUCGUUACAUGCCAGAAAGGAUUGAGAUCUCUAGCGGCUUGUGAGCUACUGUGUAAUGCUGGCUACAAAAAUCUUUUCUGGGUUCAAGGGGGUCUAGAGGCUGCUGAAGAAGAGGAUCUUGCCAGAGAAGGUACUCAGCCUUUGAGGUUUGCAGGAAUUGGUGGGCUUUCAGAGUUUCUCGGUUGGACGGAUCAGCAGAGAGCUCAAGCUGCCAGAGAAGGCUGGGGUUACCGAUUACUCUACUCGAUUCGCCUGGUUGGAGUUUUUGUGGUUGCCGAUGCCUUGUUCAUUGGUGCACAGCAAGUGGGUCGUUAUCUUCAGGAUAUACGGUCUCACUAAAGUUAUAUUGAUCUUCUUGAAGGCAUUCGAUUAAAAGUUAAACCAUCUGAAAGAUGGCAGUUGAAUUUGUGAUCAUCUAUAAGAGACUGAAGAUGUUUUGAGGAUCCCAAUUUUGAAAGCCACAGUAGUUAGCAGAGUUUCAUGGUGUUGCCUGUUUCUUAGGUGCAAAUCCUUGUGAUUACAUAUGUACUCAAUCACAUUGGCAUUGGAUACAUAUAAUGGUAUCAAUUGAAAGCCAUUCCGUUCACUUAAAA